CUUAGUAGUAACGUUACACUGCUUCCCCCACUGUUACAAACACCUCCGAUUGGCCUAAAAUGAUCAUCUAUGAGCGAUAUUUUUGUUUCUGUAUGACAGAGUGAGAAGAAAACCAGGAUGACUGACAGCGGGGAUCUUUGUCCUCACUUGGACUCGAUUGGUGAAGUUACUAAAGAGGAACUGAUUCAGAAAUCAAAGGGCACAUGUCAGUCAUGCGGAGUAGGUGGACCAAACCUCUGGGCAUGUCUGCAGUGUGACUGUCCCUAUGUAGGCUGUGGAGAGUCAUAUUCAGACCACAGUACUAUUCAUGCACAGGCCAAAAAGCACAAUCUGACAGUAAACCUAACCACAUUCAGGGUGUGGUGUUAUGUCUGCGAGAGAGAGGUGUUUCUGGAGCCGAAGCCUGUUACUCCUGUAUCAUCAGCUCACCGCUGCAAACCACAUGACCAGGAUCCUGUUUCGCAGACAACAUGUUACCCAUUGAAGGCAGUGCCUAUCGCAGUGGCGGAUGAGGAGGGCUCAGAGUCUGAGGAGGAUGAGUUCAAACCUAGAGGUCUGACAGGGAUGAAGAACAUUGGAAACUCCUGUUACAUGAAUGCUGCACUACAGGCCUUGUCCAACUGUCCUCCUUUGACUCAGUUUUUCCUGGAUUGCAGUGGAUUGGUGCGUACGGAUAAGAAGCCGGCAUUGUGUAAAAGCUAUCAGAAGCUUAUCUCUGAACUCUGGCACAAGAAACGGCCGAGUUAUGUUGUGCCAACUACUCUGUUUCAUGGAAUCAAACUGGUGAACCCCAUGUUUCGUGGCUAUGCUCAACAGGACACUCAGGAGUUUUUGCGAUGUCUGAUGGACCAGCUUCACGAGGAGCUGAAGGAGCCCUUGUUUGACUGCAGCGGUGCCAUCUCUGAAGUCGAGCCUGACCUCAAUCUGGACAGCUGUAAUCUUGUGGACGGAGACCGAAGCCCCUCUGAAGACGAGUUCCUGUCGUGUGACUCUGGAUCAGGAAGCGAGAGGGGGGAUGGAGAGCGUGCAGGAGGAGAAGCAGAGCUGCUCAUUCAAGAUGAAUGUGUGGCAGUGAGAGGAACCGGCGGCAUCUCGGAGAAAGAGAGGCUGAAGGAGAGAAGAGGAGAAGAGAGGACACGUGAACUGGAUGAGGAUGCAGAUGUGGACACAGCUGCACAAGACGGACAGGCUGAGAGAGAAACUGAAACAACGACAACAGCCACAGCUGUGCCGGCACCAGGAAACACAGAACCUGAUAAUGAAGCUUCCAUGCACUGUCCAUCCUCUCGCCCCUGUAGCCCCGCUCACACUGUGCAGGAGCUUCACUCCAGACUCUCUAGUAACCUACCAAGAUCCAGCCCUCUACGAACUGGACCCACAUAUACUUUCAAGAAAGCUCAGAUGCUACUGAGCACCAAGAAGAAGAAGCAGUCCCGUUUCCGCAGUGUUAUUUCUGAUAUCUUUGAUGGAUCCAUUCUGAGUCUCGUUCAGUGUUUGACAUGUGACCGGGUUUCGACAACAGUAGAGACGUUUCAGGACCUUUCUUUGCCUAUCCCUGGCAAAGAAGAUUUGGCCAAGCUUCAUUCCUCCAUUCACCAAAGUGCCCCUGUUAAAGCUGGUGUCUGCACUGAUGGCUAUGCUGCGCAGGGCUGGAUCACCUACAUCAUGGACUCUAUACGAAGGUUUGUAGUGUCCUGUAUUCCAAGUUGGUUUUGGGGCCCCAUGGUAACGCUGGAGGACUGUCUGGCAGCCUUCUUUGCUGCUGAUGAGCUGAAAGGAGACAACAUGUAUAGCUGUGAACGGUGUAAAAAAUUAAGAAAUGGUGUGAAAUAUUGUAAAGUUCUGCGUCUACCAGAAAUAUUAUGCAUUCACCUGAAACGCUUCAGACAUGAAGUCAUGUACUCGUUCAAAAUAAAUAGCCACGUGUCAUUCCCAUUGGAGGGUUUGGAUCUCAAACCGUUCUUGGCUAAGGAAAGCCCUUCACAGAUUACUACCUAUGACCUGCUGUCUGUCAUCUGUCAUCACGGCACUGCUGGGAGUGGGCAUUACAUAGCAUACUGCCAGAAUGUGAUCAAUGGACAGUGGUACGAGUUUGACGAUCAGUAUGUAACAGAAGUACACGAGACAGUAGUCCAGAAUGCUGAAGCAUAUGUCCUAUUCUACAGGAAGAGCAGUGAAGAAUCUGUGAGAGAAAGACAGAGGGUUGUCGCUCUGGCUAAUCUGAAGGAACCCAGUUUACUGCAGUUUUACAUCUCCAGAGAGUGGCUCAACAAAUUCAACACAUUCACUGAGCCCGGACCCAUCACCAAUCACACUUUCCUCUGUCAGCACGGAGGAAUUCCUCCUACAAAGUACCAUUAUGUGGAUGAUCUGGUUGUGAUCCUUCCUCAAAAUGUGUGGGAAUAUCUCUACAACAGGUUUGGAGGUGGCCCGGCUGUGAAUCACUUAUAUGUGUGUGCAAUUUGCCAAGUGGAGAUCGAGACCUUAGCCAAACGGCGGAAACUGGAGAUAGACACCUUCAUUAAGUUAAAUAAGGAGUUUCAGGCUGAAGAAGCUCCUACAGUCAUCCUGUGUAUAAGCAUGCAGUGGUUCAGAGAAUGGGAGAACUUUGUCAAGGGCAAAGACAAUGAGCCACCAGGCCCGAUUGACAACAGCAAGAUUGCAGUAAUGAAAGGCGGUCAUAUCCAGCUUAAACAAGGAGCAGACUAUGGGCAGAUAUCUGAAGAAACGUGGCAGUACUUGUUAAGUAUUUAUGGCGGUGGGCCAGAGAUUGCAGUGCGGCAAACCAUCAGCCCCCCAGACACUGACACACACGGUGAGAGGAAAAUAGAGGCAGAGACCAGAGCCCUCUGAAAGGGAAUGAAGUCUCACAUGUGGAUGGAUGACUGUCAUGCACUGCGCUUACAUUUCUGUCACAAGCACUUCGUGAGCAUUUCUGUGGAUGUGCUGUCUGUGACUGACAGAGCUCUCCUAGUGUAGGAAAGGGUCUUAUUUAUUAAGUGAAUAAAUCUAUUAUCA